CAUUCCUUUGACGACACUUCGAGAAGCCGUUGGAAGAAGGCGCAGCGACAGCACAAAGCUCCGGUGAAUCUCCACUGUCUAGCAGAGAGAGAGACGGAGAGAUAGAGAGAGAGAGAGAGAGAGAGAGAGAUGUCGGAGAAGGAAGCGAGGACGAUCAUGCUGCGGUGCCCGCCGCUGUCGAGGACGGUGGCGAUCGCCGCGAGGGGCGACCAGCGGCUGGACCUGGGUUCCAUCGCCCGGGCCUUCGGGCUCGACCCGGCGACGCUGAAGCUCAACGGCCACUUCGUGAGCCGAGGCGCCGACCUGGUGUCGCCUUCCGUCACCUGGAGGUCGCUCCUCUCCUACUUCUCGUCCAAGGGCUUGCCCACAGGCGCCGGCGCCGGCGGCGCCCUCGUCGUCGACGGGAAGCUCUUGAGGAGCGGGAGCAAGAGAGGACAUGAUCCUGAAGGAGUGGUGAGCCGGAGUUGUGCCGGUGCGAGCGGGGACGAGGACGAUGACCGCUCAGGCGAGAGCAGGAGGCAGAGCGAAGAGGUUCCCGUCUCAAAGUCUAAUAAGCGGUCGAAGAUCGGCGAGUCCGACCGCACGUGCUGUGGCUUUUUGAGGAUAGUCAAUGGUUUGGGUUCUAAGAGGAAGUAUCUGUCCGAGGAAGUGAGUCUGCUCAAGAGGUUGAAGAUAAGUGACGCUUCUUCUGAUUUUGGAAGUUUUCCCUGCCGAUACGUGGGUGAGAAUUUGAAGAGACUGAGAGACGAUGGUGUAAAAGGGUGAGAUGAGAUUUUAUGCUCUUUUUUUUUUUCCCUUUAUGUAAGUUUCUGUUUCUCCUUCCUUGUGGCCUGUGGAAUAUGGGAUAUUGUUUCAUUGCUUGUGCAAAUAUCCUAAUGCAAACGUUGUAAAUGACAAUAAACGGAAGUAGAUGUAGAUACUGCACAUAUGUAGAAGUACUGCUUUUGCAUUUAAGGUCAAGCUGAUGUUUGUAAUCUAAGGUUUUGUGGGACUCUAAUUCGUUAA